CGACAUCGUGUGUGCUGCUGGUAGAUUACUAGCUCGUCAUUUACGGCUUCUUCCACUUCGCAGCACAUCCAGAUAAACGCUAGAGAUGUUGCUGUGUGCUCUGGGGGGCCUGCUGCUGCUCUUCUCCUGUCUGGAUGUGUGGUACUUCCUGCGGGGUGUGGUGGUGGUGGUACAGGCCUGGUUCCAACCCCCGGUCUGGGACGUCCUGGCAGAGCAGAGUGUUGCUGGGAGGGUCCUACCUCAUGACCUGGACUAUAUGGGUCACAUGAAUAACGGCAGAUACCUGCGGGAGUGUGACUUCGCCAGGUUCCACUAUUACAUGCGGAACGGGAUCUUUAAGGCCCUACGGACCCUGAAGGCCACCAUGGUGGUGGGGGCCUCCACUAUUCGCUACCGACGCUCGCUGGCCUUCGGGGAAGCAUUUGACUUGCGCACUCGCAUCGUGGCAUGGGACGACAAGUCGUUCUUCGUGGAGCAGCGGUUUGUCUCCCAGGGCGACGGGUUCAUCUCCGCGGUGAUGCUAUGCAGACAGAACGUUCUCCGUAGCAACCCUGAGAGCAUCCUACAGCUGCUCUGCAAGAGGAAGGUGGAGUGUCCCGACUACCCUGAGGAUCUGCAGCAUUGGAUCAGCUUCAUCUCAGCCAGCAGCCAGGCCCUGAGAGCCCAGAGUGGACUAGAGGACAAGACUGGAGCACAGGAAGACAAAGACAAGUGAUUCACACAUUCCUUGAGUAGCUCUAACGUUACACAUCGUUGUAGCCCGGCCCCAAGCACACCUGAUUCAACUCAUCUGCUUAUCAUUCAGCUGUUGAUUAGUUGAAUCAGGUGAGGGCCUAGAACUGACAUGACUGACAGCUCCCUCAGAAUACAGGAACUAAACUGACAUGACUGACAGCUCCCUCAGAAUACAGGAACUAAACUGACAUGACUGACGGCUCCCUCAGAAUACAGGAACUAAACUGACAUGACUGACAGCUCCCUCAGAAUACAGGAACUAAACUGACAUGACUGACAGCUCCCUCAGAAUACAGGAACUAAACUGACAUGACUGACAGCUCCCUCCGAAUACAGGAACUAAACUGACAUGACUGACAGCUCCCUCAGAAUACAGGAACUAAACUGACAUGACUGACAGCUCCCUCAGAAUACAGGAACUAAACUGACAUGACUGACGGCUCCCUCAGAAUACAGGAACUAAACUGACAUGACCGACAGCUCCCUCAGAAUACAGGAACUAAACUGACAUGACUGACAGCUCCCUCAGAAUACAGGAACUAAACUGACAUGACUGACAGCUCCCUCAGAAUACAGGAACUAAACUGACAUGACUGACAGCUCCCUCAGAAUACAGGAACUAAACUGACAUGACUGACGGCUCCCUCUGAAUACAGGAACUAAACUGACAUGACUGACGGCUCCCUCAGAAUACAGGAACUAAACUGACAUGACUGACAGCUCCCUCCGAAUACAGGAACUAAACUGACAUGACUGACAGCUCCCUCUGAAUACAGGAACUAAACUGACAUGACUGACAGCUCCCUCAGAAUACAGGAACUAAACUGACAUGACCGACAGCUCCCUCAGAAUACAGGAACUUAUUCAUUAUGAUUUUAAAAUACAAAACUGAUCCCAGAUCAGAACAACUACGGGCCAAGUGGCUUUAACCAUUUUACUGCAGUGGGCUAAAUCAGGGUCACACAGAGGGAUUCUGGGUAGUCUUAAACAAAUCUACUUUGAAACAAAAGUAUCCAUCUCACACACGUGGUUAUGGGCCUAAAGAAAGAAGACACCUGUACCAUGUCAGAUAUGGAGUUGAAAUGUAUCAAAUGUUUAGUUUGCAUCCCAAUAUUACACUUUAUAUACAUCACAGAAGACUGAAAUAUAACAAAACCGCUUGACAUAGAAACACCAGAUUUUCUGCAUAAAAAACCCCAGAAUGUUUCUUAAUUGUGAAAAUCCCAUUCCACCCAUGAGGCCACUAGAGAGCACUUUGGUCAUUCGCCUAGAGGACCGUCGUGUUGUUAAGGGAUUCAUCCUAACCUGAGAUGCAAAACCUUUUUCCGCUGACAUGAAACUCUUACCAAAAUAGUUUUAGUUAUGUGUGCAUGUAUCUCAAGAUAGUCUCUUUCUAUUAUUCAUUUCGACAUCUGUGGGAUUCACCAGAAUUUCCUAAGUAGCUCGAAGGACCAAUCGUAAACGUCUGUCGGAGACUGACAGGUCGAGUGGCGAAUGAGGGAGCCCCUCCCCUGCCCUCUCUGAUCAUUCUCACCUCUCUUCCACACAGAGGAGUUCUACUUAGCUCUCCUCUGCACCACUUGGUCUGUUUUCCUAUUCACAGGUUUGACGGUGAGGUUACGCAGGUUAUAGGUCUUUUGUGUUGGGUGACCUCGGUGACCUGUGUUGGGUGACCUCGGUGACCUUGAGCAAGGCACUUAACCCUAAUUGCUCCUGUAAGUCGCUCUGGAUAAGAGCUUUUGCUAAAUUACUAAAAUGCUAAAUUAAAGUUUUCACUUUUUCUUCAUUUGUCUCCUGUUGUAGCUAGCGUCACACAGCUAGCUAAGGAAACAUGGCUAGCUUAGCUGCGAGGCUCUUCUACCUGGAAGGGUAGAAUUACUAGUUCGCUCUCUAGUUUAGUUCAACCCACUACCGAUGUUGACCAGACCGACCAUCCUAGCGUCACUGCUUAUCGGUCGAGAAGCACACUUUUGUUCAUCGCAAGACCAACAUAGCGCUAGCUUCCAUUGGCUAGCCAUGCUACUAGCCCUUGUGGCGAACACUAGCUGCGCUCACAUUGUUAAAGGAUUAGCUUCUCCGGCCAGCACUGUGCUAACUCGCUAGCCUACCACCCCAACUGGCGAAUGGUAGUUACGUUUCACAUUGUUAAAGGAUUACCUGUUUUUUUUGGAUCCAUGGAGCCCGCUAGCUCGGCCCAAGGUUUACGGAUCAAGGCCUCUACCGGCGCACCUGUGCCCAUGCUGGGCUACCUUUACUCCGCAUACAAGUAACGUGGUAGCCCCUUGGUGGCAAGGCAAGCUGUGGAUAGUGGAGCUCAUUCUCCUGCUGUACAACAAGCCUUGGCAACUCCUGUUACGCAGAGAUCUGCUGACCAACACGAACUGAGAGACUGUCCACCCUCACCCGGAAGCCAUGGCUCUCUGGCCCGUGAGAGGUUAAAUCUGGACUAUUGAGUCUAUCCAGAGUGCUAGGGCUCCUUCUACACGCUCACUGUACGGAAACAAGUGGUGUUUUAAAAAAAUGGUGACCGAAAAAACAGAUAAUUCCUUACCAAUGUUCUGUAUCUGAGGUUUUACGCUUCCUGCAGGACCUUUUGGAUAGACGGAAGGCUUUCUCUACUGUUAAGGUCUAUUUAGUUGCUGUCUCUGUCUGUCAUAUAACCUUUGACGAUAACACGGUGGGAAAACACCUAUUUUAUGUCGUUUCAUGAAGGGGGCGUGUCACUUACGUUCAGUUCCCAAGCCUUUAGUCCCGUCAUGGGAUUUGUCUAUUGUGCUCGAGGUUAUUUCACAGCAGCCUUUUGAGCCGUUGCAAAGCAUGGACAUCUAAUAUCUCUCCUUUCAGACCUCUUUACUAGUCCCCUUAAGUCUGUAGAGUCAGGGAGAUACAUCCCCUGUUAGUUCACCGUUCCUGUCUGUAGAGUGCCUUGGGCUUUUCCAAGGUCACCUUGUUGCCCAACCCCACCUUUAUGCCCAAGGUUGACUGCAAUUACAAUUACAAUUGUCUGUCCUUGGAGGCUUUCCACAUGCCGACUUUCCCUUCUAUGGAAGAGGAUGGGCUACCCCAUUUCUGUCCAGUACUCGCGUUGCGCAUAUAAAUGGAUUGGACGACAGCUUUGCGCAAGUGCAACCAACUCUCUGUCCUGGGUGCCUCCCUGCAAGGGCUCAACGGUUGUCUCAUUGGAUGGGGAAGCUCUUUAUAUUAUUGGCCUUCAAUAGCAAGGGGUUACAGCCUCCGGAGGGCCAGAGAGCUCACUACCUCUUGGGCACUGUUGAAGGGCAUCUCCUUACAGGAGAUCUGCCAUGUGGCUUGUUGGGCAUCCCCUCAUAUAUUAAUGAGGUUCUACCAACCAGAUGUCACUGUGCUUUCAUUGGCACGUACUGUCCUCGGUGGUGGGGCAUCUAAGGGAUGAUAUUGAAGACUGUCUGGCUUCAGAAAGCAUCUGAGGGAUGAUAUUGAAGACUGUCUGGCUUCAGAGAGCAUCUGAGGGAUGAUAUUGAAGACUGUCUGGCUUCAGAGAGCAUCUGAGGGAUGAUAUUGAAGACUGUCUGGCUUCAGAAAGCAUCUGAGGGAUGAUAUUGAAGACUGUCUGGCUUCAGAGAGCAUCUGAGGGAUUAUAUUGAAGACUGUCUGGCUUCAGAGAGCAUCUGAGGGAUUAUAUUGAAGACUGUCUGGCUUCAGAGAGCAUCUGAGGGAUUAUAUUGAAGACUGCCUAGCUUCAGGGAGCAUCUGAGGGAUGAUAUUGAAGACUGCCUAGCUUCAGGGAGCAUCUGAGGGAUUAUAUUGAAGACUGUCUGGCUUCAGAGAGCAUCUGAGGGAUUAUAUUGAAGACUGCCUAGCUUCAGAGAGCAUCUGAGGGAUUAUAUUGAAGACUGCCUAGCUUCAGGGAGCAUCUGAGGGAUUAUAUUGAAGACUGCCUAGCUUCAGAGAGCAUCUGAGGGAUUAAUUGGAGACUGCCUAGCUUCAGGGAGCAUCUGAGGGAUUAUAUUGAAGACUGUCUGGCUUCAGGGAGCAUCUGAGGGAUUAUAUUGAAGACUGUCUCUGACAUGUGUAUGACUGGUUCCCCCGAGCUAUUUAGGAGAUUCUGGUGAAUCCCACGGUGAGAUGUCUCACUCGUAAUAUCAGAGAACCGGGGUUACGCGGGUAACCUUACGUUAGGGAACUCUAUCUUGUGUGUACUGCGUCUAUAUAAUGCACCAAAGCUUCUCCAUUCUGUGUUUUUAUUACAAUCAAUGUUUCUAUAAUUUAUUGAUGAUGAUGUUCAUUGUCUAUUUAUUUUUUUACAUUUUAUUUAUGUUGCUGUCUGUAGAUUUUAAAUAUUGAAUUGGAUGCAGAGUAUAUCAUGAUUUGGAAAUGAAUGUCAAUUAUUUUGAAUGCAUUUUAAAUAAAAGAUAUAUGUAACCUCCUGGUUACUUUUAGCCCUGA